CAGUUGUUAGUUGCAAUUGGAAUAAUGCAUGAAGCAGUGUGUUGUUUUCUUUGAGACAUCAUCAUACGACACAAUGUCAAACAAGCGACGCUAUGUUCCACUUACGCAAAACGACACCGUUUUCCGUAUACUCUGUUCCGCCGCAAAUUCCGAUGACCUACUCACCCUUGCUUCCGACGGAGUCAAGAUUUCAAUCGACGACUACGCCGGAGAUUCUUCCACCACCGACGACCGCAUCGUCGUUAUCACCGGCGCCGCCGCGGAACAACCUCACGAGGAAUCAGCUGCGAAACAUGCUUUGAUUAGGGUUUUUGAGAGAAUGGUGGAGAAGGGGGAAGAGAGUAGUAAGAGUUUGGGGUGUAGAUUGGUUGCUCCUAGCUAUCAGGUUGGAUGUGUUCUUGGAAGAGGUGGGAAGAUUGUUGAAAAAUUAAGGCAUGAAAGUGGGGCUCAAAUUAGGGUUUUGCCUAAAGAUCAAUCUCCUCUUCCUCCACCUGGUGAUGAGUUCAUUCAGAUAACAGGAAAUUUUAAUGCAGUAAAGAAAGCGCUUCUCUCAGUUUCGAGUUGUCUUCAAGAUAAUGCAGGCAAUUCUGGUACUUUUAAAUCAUCUGGCGGUGCUCAGGUUGAACCAUAUCCUCAACGGGGUCCCCAUCCUCCUGAUCAUCAUUCCAGAGGUUAUUCUUCUUUUCCAGGUUCUGAGAACGUUGGACCUGCUCAUAGAAUGUUUGUGGAAGAAGAUGUUGUCUUUAAGAUGUUGUGUCAGCAAGAUAAAGUUGGUAGUCUUAUCGGGAAAGGUGGUUCUGUGGUGCGGGCUUUACAAAAUGAAACUGGUGCAUCUAUACAAAUAGUCGAUGCUGGACCCGAUUCAGAUGAGCGUGUGGUUGUCAUAUCUGCGCUAGAGAGUUCUGAGCAAAAGCAUUCUCCUGCUCAAGAUGCUGUUAUUCGUGUUCAUUCUCGACUUACAGAGAUUGGAUUUGAGCCAAGUAAUGCAGUUGUUGCUAGACUCCUUGUGCGAUCGCCACAGGUAGGGUGCCUCUUGGGCAAGGGAGGUCAUGUUAUCUCAGAAAUGCGAAGAGCAACGGGCGCCAGUAUACGUAUCUUUUCGAAAGAACAGAUUAAGUACAUUUCUCACAACGAAGAAGUUGUACAGGUUAUUGGGACCUUACACUCUGUGCAAGAUGCUUUGUUUCACAUAACCGGUAGAAUUCGAGAAACUAUUUUCCCAAUAAAGACCCCUCCUCCAAAUUUUAGUGUGCCGCCAUUCCCAGAGACGCCCCCUCCUUUAUUUAGGCCAAGAAAUCACAUGAUGUCUUCUGGACCUCCGCCUCCUCCUCAUGUUGGCCCUCCUCAUGGGAUUGAUCAUCCACCUGGUCCUCCCAUACCUGUUGAUCAUCAACAUGCAUUUUCACAUGGUAUUGGUCGCGGUCCGCCAAACAUGGACCGAGUUCCGUAUCCUCGUGGUUAUGAAGGACCGCAUUCUCCAAGAUCAUGGAAUUCUCAGGCAGUUAACAGAGGAAAUCCAGGGACAACAGCUGAUACAUUUAAUUUGCCUUCAAGAAAUAGCACUCCUGGGAUGAAUGGAAACCAAUCACAGAAUCCAAAUAGCUCAACCUUUGAGAUCACCAUCCCUCAUAUGUAUUUGAUCCAUGUGUAUGGGGAGAACAACAGCAACCUGAAUCAAAUUCAACAGAUCUCUGGUGCAAACGUGGUUGUUCAUGAUCCAAAACCUGGUGCUACAGAAGGGCUGGUGAUUGUAUCUGGAACACAAGAGCAAACUCACUCUGCUCAGUGCCUAAUUCAAGGUUUUAUUCUAUGUGGAAUAACUACACCUUGAGUCUGCAGUUUUAGUGUCUAAACAAAAGGUCUUGUUGUAAUUGUUGUGUACUAUAUGAGAAGUUGAAGAUAUUUGUAUUUUGACAUUGUAUGAAUUGAACUUCUAGUUAACAUGUAUCACAAUGGUUGCCAUGUUUUUGUUUAUGA